GCUCUUCGGAAUCUGGGAACAAAGAAAAUCCAGCAAAUAUUUCAAAUUUUCUUGAUUCCAUUUUCGAAUUCUAGGGUUUCGCUUUACAGAUUUUGGGCUUCUUGAGGGGAUCUCUAAGCUACGUUUCUGGCGCUGCAGAUCUGGAUUCAAACGAUUUGAAUCGAAUUUAAGAUGUUUUGGCGUAUGACUGGGUUGUCCACCACGUCCCCGGUGGAUACAAUUUUGGACAAGGAAAAUUUUACACUAGAGGAGCUUCUAGACGAGGACGAAAUAAUCCAAGAAUGCAAAGCUCUUAAUAACCGGCUUAUUAAUUUUUUGAGGGAAAGGACUCAGGUUGAACAACUUGUUCGGUACAUAGUGGAAGAAUCUCCUGAAGAUGCUGAAAAAGGGAGAACUUUCAAGUUCCCUUUUAUUGCUUGUGAGAUCUUUACUUGUGAAGUUGAUAUCAUCCUCAAAGCAUUAGUUGAGGAUGAGGAGUUGAUGAACUUGUUGUUCUCCUUCCUUGAACCAGAACACCCUCAUAGUGCUCUACUGGCUGGUUAUUUUAGUAAAGUUGUUGUAUGCCUCUUGUUGCGGAAGACGGUUCCCUUAAUGAACUAUAUUCAAGCCCAUCAGGAUAUUAUCAAAAAGCUGGUUGACCUUAUAGGAAUUACAUCCAUCAUGGAGGUUCUUAUUCGUCUGAUUGGUGCUGAUGAACAUCUUUAUACAAGCUAUGUAGAUUCAAUGCAGUGGCUAGAAGAGACAGAUGUAUUGGAGAUGAUUGUUGACAAGUUCAGUUCUACGGAUUGUCCUGAAGUGCAUGGCAAUGCAGCAGAAUCACUUUGUGCUAUAACUAGAUACGCUCCCCCAGGGCUGGCUACUAAAAUAUCAAGCCCGAGCUUCAUAACAAGAUUAUUUCGUCAUGCUUUGGAGGACUCACGGCCAAAAUCAGUUCUAGUUCAUUCAUUGUCUGUCUGCAUAUCUUUGCUGGAUCCUAAGAGGCUAACCUCAGGGACAUAUUACAUUUACAACCGGCAGUCGACUCAUGGAUCUGUAGUAACAGCCAAACCUGAGACUGUGGAAGGCAUGUUGGAGAGCCUAGGAAAUUUGUUAAAGCUCUUGGAUGUUUCAUCAGAAGAGAAUGUUCUAUUUACAACAUAUGGCAAGUUGCAGCCACCUCUUGGGAAACACCGCUUAAAGAUCAUUGAAUUCAUCUCGGUCCUAAUGACUGUUAGUAGCGAAGCUGCUGAGAAGGAGUUGAUCCGCCUUGGUGCCUUAAGACGUAUUAUAGAAUUAUUUUUUGAGUAUCCAUACAAUAACUUCAUUCAUCACCACAUUGAACAGAUAAUAGAUUCUUGCCUUGAGAGCAAGAAUGCUUCACUCAUUGUGCAUAUUCUUGAAGAUUGUCAUCUUGUCAGGAAAAUUCUUGAUGCUGAGAAGAAUUGUGCAUUGGAGGCCGAUCCAAAGAAUCCAACGAUCCCUGCUGAAGGAAGAACCCUGCCAAGGAUAGGAAAUGUUGGACACAUGACACGUAUUGCAAACAAACUUGUUGAACAGGGGACUCAUAACAGCUACAUUGAGUCAUAUUUGCAGGGUAAUAAUGAAUGGGUAGAGUGGCAUGCAGAUGUACUUACUAAACGCAACGCGCUUGAAAAUGUCUACCAAUGGGCGUGUGGGAGACCUACUACACUUCAUGAUCGUGGUAGAGAUAGUGAUGAGGAUGAUUACCAAGAUAGAGACUAUGAUGUGGCAGCUCUGGCCAAUAAUUUAAGCCAAGCAUUUCGAUAUGGUAUCUAUGAAAAUGAUGAUAAUGAUGAGGCUCAUGGUUCACUGGAAAGAGAUGAUGAGGAUGUUUACUUUGAUGAUGAAUCUGCUGAAGUAGUGAUAUCUUCACUUCGAUUGGGAGAGGACCAAGAAAGUGGGUCCCUUUUCACAAAUUCGAAUUGGUUUGCGUUCGAGGAGGAGAGGGUGGUUCAUGAGCGGUCAACUGAUGCGGUAGCUUCACCCUCGCCCAACACUGAGGGUACUGCUGGCGGCAGUGCUGUCGGUGAUGAUGAGGCCACGUCCAACGAAAAUGACAAAAACUUGGUCGAUACUGCAACAUCUGAGGUCCCCGAUUCAAAACCGGGCCCCGAUGAUACUACUUUCGGGAAGUCGGCUGAUUUCUCUAGACCAAAUGAGAGCGAUAAGCCACCGGAAUGGAUCGAAUGGCGGGAAUCAGUCGAAUCAUCCACCGAACCAGCCGUUGAACAAUCAUUUACGACUGCAGAGUCUGCUGAAACAUCUCAGGCUGCAACAGGUAGCCUUCCGAAUGGUAAUCUUGAAGUCAAUCCACAGGCUGAUAUUGCUAAUGAUGUUCCGAACAAAGGGGAGUCUGCUCCGCCGUCUGCCGCCACCGACAAAUCGGAGGCCGAGGAUGACAAUGGCGGCAAGAGCACUGUUGGAGUAGGCCCACCAGAGUAAAGGCUUGCGAGUCCACAACCUCACGRCACUGAUGACAAGUUGGAUCGUUGACGUUUCUUGAUCGGAGAAGAUGUCUCGGGUCCCGCCCGACGCGAAGUGGCAAAAUGUAUUUUGAAGUGCAGUUCGGUUUAGUUCAGUUCUUCAAAGAUCUUAGCGUUAUUCUGCUCGUAGGACAGGCAAAAAUGUGACUUUUUUGUAUAUUUCAGACUAAUCAUGUACAUUAUUGAUGGCUGGGGUUACUGUYGGAAAUAGGGAUAAUGAUUCUUUCCYGUUGCCAUCAGUUUACGGAAUCYGGUGACCGRAAAAUGGUUCCGAUGGYGGGGUUCUCUCGUUUGAAGAUUCUCUUACAAAAUGGCUGUAUGUUAAUGAUUCUUGUGCUCCUCUUAAUGUCUAAAAUUUCAUUAAUUAAUGAUAAAAAUAAGUUAAGUCUUGUUGA